GUCACUGGGCGGCCCGGAAGCGCCAACACGUGUGGGUCUUUUCCCUACUCCCUGUUUCUUGGUCUUGUGUGUGGGUGUCUCUCUGAUCAUGGGUCGCUCUCGGCGGACCGGCGCGCACCGAGCACAUUCCUUAGCCCGCCAGAUGAAGGCCAAGAAGCGGCGGCCGGACCUGGAUGAGAUUCAUCGCGAGCUGAGGCCGCAGGGGCUCCCGCGGCCCAAGCCGGAGCCGGACGCGGAGCCCGACCCGGACCUGCCAGGGGGCGGCCUGCAUCGCUGUCUGGCUUGCGCGAGGUACUUCAUCGAUUCAGCCAACCUGAAGACCCAUUUCCGAUCCAAAGACCACAAGAAAAGGCUGAAGCAGCUGAGUGUCGAACCCUACAGUCAGGAAGAAGCUGAGAGGGCAGCGGGCAUGGGCUCGUAUGUUCAACCCCAGCGGCUGGGCGUGCCCACAGAAGUGUCCACUGAUAUCCCUGAGAUGGACACGUCCACCUGAGUGGCCUAAGGAUGCAGGGCAGAGGAACUGCCCAUGGGCAGUGGUUCAUCAGCCAAGCUGAGAGUGUGUAUUUUGGAUUUCCGGUUUGCGGAGAUGCUCUCUUCCGGGUGUUCUGCCCAAAAUAAAGGACCUGGACAAGAGGGCACACCUCCGAUACUAACUUCCCUUACCAGGGGUUUCUGGGCCAAGAUGUCUACUCCCUACUAGGUCCAGCUUUGGAACGGGUAUCCUCCCCCUGCUUCUUUGGAUCUAGGCUGGAGUCUGGCUAGGUACAGCGUAAAACUUGGGAGUAGGAUCUAGCGAUGGCUGAGACUAAUCCCCAAGGGGAAAAAAGUGGGAUUCGGAUAUUGCAGCCCCCUCCCCUGAAUCGCCUACCUCCAAGCCUGGGCGAGAGGCUACCCGCCUCAUCACGGGGCCUGUGAUGGUUGCCGCUGCUUCACCAUCUUCCAUACUGCAUAGCAGGAGCCACCUAACCCGAGGACAGCCAACAAUGUAGCCACAAUCCCAACCAGGGGACUCCGGGGCUCUGCCUUCAGCUCCCCAGCCACCUGCAUCUGGGAGAGCACAGAGGGUGCACGUGAAGGGUCAACUGAGGCUUCUAGGCAGGAAGAAGGGUAUAAGAUGGCGCAGCUGGGUAAAGAAGAUGCAGGCGCCAUUUCUGCCCCAGGGAGAUUCCACCCCAAUCCUUCUCGCCUCACUGCCCAUCUGGGUCCCGGCUAGUCAGGCAGCAGGGAACGUGACAGCCUGACUGUUGGGGGUAUCAGACGUGUCGUUGGGGGAAGUUGGGAGGAAGAGGUAGGUAGAUUUCCUUACCUGUAGCACCCGGAAGUAGCCAGGAGUCAGGCGUCGAAAUCUCAUAGUGGGGGCACUGUCCUCCCUGUUGGCCUGUGAAAUGGGAACAGAAAUGAAGACUGGGUGUCGCCCAGGGUGCCAAGAAGUGGACACCAGAGCAUAGGGGUCCCUGACCUAUUUGCCUGGGCACUGUAUGCUCAGAGGAUGCUCACCGAUGCCGGCUUACCCAAGUCUGGCAGGGGGCAGGGCGGCUGGAUCUUUAAAUCUGGUCCCUCCCCCCCUGCCUGCUGCUGCCUUGCCAGCCUUAGGAGCAGCUGUCAGGAGGGAUCAGCAUCAGGCCUGAAUAUCAGCUCCUCCCCCAUUUACCAGAGAGGCCAGGCCAGGCAUGUAGGCCAAGUCUUGGCUGACAGUGCCCAGGAGUCCCCGCAUCCAUCAGGUACUAGGCAGCCUCCCUCGGCCCUGGUCUGAACUGGAUGUGAGCAUUCAGCAAAAGAGGCCAUACAACCUGUUAGCCACUUGACCAUUGAGGUUCUGUAAAUUCAACUACCUUGGUGGGAGGGUACACUUCAUCUCCACCCCCCAACCAAAGAUGGAGUUCUCACAAGAACAUCUUUUGUGGGCUUGAGGGUGACAAAGGUUUGCUUGUGCCAUUAAGCUGUCUAUAAUGUUAUGUUAAAAAAUUUUAACUACA